GCCAUGAGCUCUCCUCGCUUUUACCGACGGCCUCUUUGUCUCAGGCUGGAAUCCGUCCAUCUCCGUCGUACGGACGGCCAAUUCUGCCGCGCCGUCUACAGCCUUCCAGCUGCAGCCGCCGGAAACCCUCCGUCCUUGUCGGACGGACGAUCAGUUCUGCUGCGCCUGUCUCUCGCCUACCAGUUGCAUCCGCCUCUCUCUCUCUCUUCCCUUGUAUGCCGGAAUUUCGCAUCCAUAGGGGGGGAGCUAUUUUCAUUUUGGGGCUAGGAGGCCGAUUUCUCGUGCUCCGGUGAUGGGCGUGCCGAGCGACGACGUGGUUGUCAUCCGGCCAAGUCCGAGAGCAGGGGAGCCGACGGUUAUUACCGUUAACUGCCCGGACAAGAGGGGCCUCGGUUGCGAUCUCUGCCGGAUAAUCCUCGAGUUCGGUCUCAGCAUCGACCGUGGAGAUGUCUCCACUGAUGGCAAAUGGUGCUACAUUGUAAUCUGGGUGGUGCCUCGAUCCGGUUCCUCAAGAGCCAUACAUUGGUCAAGCUUGACUGAGAGGCUAGUAUCAGCAUGCCCUUCAUGUUCUGUUCCAAUCUACUAUAUUCCUGAGGCAAAACCAAAAAAUUCUCCAGUGUACUUGUUGAAGUUCAUCUGUUCGGAUAGGAAGGGACUUUUAAAUGAUGUUACUUAUGUUCUCACUGAGCUUGAGCAUAUAAUUCACAGAGUCAAAGUGUCUACAACUCCUGAUGGAGGAGUAGUGGACCUCUUCUUCAUCACUGAUGGCAGGGAGCUUUUGCACACCAAGCAAAGACGUGAAGAUACAUGUGAAAGAUUAAUCGAGGUUUUGGGUGAAUCUUGCCAAAGUUGCGACCUUCAGCUUGCUGGUCCAGAAUACGAAGCUUAUCAGCAUGGAUUCUCAUCAUUGCCUCCGGCUGUUGCAGAUGAGCUAUUUAGCAGCAAUCUUUCAGAUGAUGAUAUUUAUUCUCAAGAACUUGUUCCGGAUCUCUUGAGACUCAAGAAAUCUACAUUAUCUGCAGAUAAUUCUUUGAGUCCAGCUCAUACCUUACUUCAAGUACAGUGUCUAGAUCACAAAUGCCUUCUUUAUGAUAUAUUGAGAACGUUGAAGGACUGUGGAAUUAAGAUAGCAUAUGGACGGUUUUCAUCGAAGCCAAAAGGAUACUGUGAAGCAGAUUUAUUUGUUGUACAGAAAGAUGGGAAGAAGAUAGUGGAUGCUGAGGAGCAGAAGGCGUUGUUUUCUCGACUACGAAUGGAAAUUCUACAUCCAUUACGCUUGAUGAUUGCCGAUCGCGGGCCUGAUACUGAGCUCUUAGUUGCCAAUCCUGUUGAGUUAUGUGGGAAGGGACGGCCUCGCGUUUUCUAUGACGUCACACUUGCCUUAAAAUUACUUGGCAUAUGUAUUUUUUCGGCUGAGAUUGGAAGGCAUUCGACACCUGAACACCGGUGGGAAGUUUACAGGUUCCUUUUGGACGACACCCCUGGUUUUCCUCUCAGUAAUGGCCGAGCAAGAAAACAGAUACUGGAUAGAGUAAGGAAGACGCUGAUGGGUUGGUGAUCAUGCCAAUGGGACAAUCCCAUUCAGCUGAAAAAGUCUGUCCAUCUGUCAUGUAAAUGUAAAAGGAUAAAUCUUAAAUCUUUUCCCCUCUCUCUCCCUCUCUCUCUAUAGGAAAAAUUUCGUUGUACAUAAAAUGAUAAAAGGUAUUUGUACAGCCUCACUUCAUUUUCUAGUGGUGAUCCUUAUCA